AUGACUGCGAAGUCAUCCAAGUUCCAGCCGUUCACCUUGACGCUUUCCAAUUCUGCCACUCUUUCUGGCAUCGUUUACAUUCCAACCCAAUCGCAAUUCGCGAGCCCCUCUCGACCGCUUCUCGUGCUCUGUCACGGGGGGCGUUGUCACGCAGGAUGCUACGAUGUCAACAAAGACCACAGUGCCGCCGAGAGUGCCGAGGCGUUUUCGAUUCCUGUAGUUUCUAUCAAUCGACCUUGCUACCAGCAGACAUCCUCAAUUUUCCCGAUUCCCAGCGGCAGCUCAUUCCACAAGAAGACGGGACGAUGGGAGCAUGAAUACAUCUUUCCAGCACUCUGGGAGAAGUACGGCGUGCCAAAUCACUGCACAGCCCUUGUUGCCAUGGGCCACAGCCUGGCUACGCCUGGCUUACUGGUUGCAGCAUCCUUGCAGUCUCAAAGCCCUACACCGACUUAUCCCCUGGCCGGGCUGAUACUCUCCGGGUGGGGCGUUUCACCGCGAAUGCAGAAUCAACAAGCAAGACUCAAAUGGAGUGCUGAAGAAAAUGAAGCAAACAGGCAUCUUCUAAUGUUCAGUGAGCCGGCGCUGAAUGCAGCAGAAGCCAGCAUGAAAGCACAUCUGCCAGAGCAGACAGUGCAAUCACCGGGUGAGGAGGCUCAGGAGUGCGUUGCUGGGCCGUGGUCAACAUACUCUCCCGAAAUCGCAGCCCAUAUAACAAUGCCUGUCAUGUUUGGACUCGGCGAACACGAUUGUAUAGUACCAGGAGCACCGCAUGCUAUCGAAUGGAGUUACUCUUCACGUAGUUGGUACGCUCGGUCCAUGGGCUUUGCUCUUAGCGUUGCUACUCUUCCAUCAACAGAUCUUUAA